CUGCUACCUUUGUGUGAACAUUUCAACGACUCCAGAAGCCACCGCCGACCCACCCUCAACGGUCUGUGAUGAUGAACAAGAAGGCCAAUAAAAAUGAUCGAAUUAGUAACUUACCAAGUAAUGUCAUUGAUGGUAUCCUAGCAAACUUGAAAAUCCGAGACCAAGUUAGAACUAGUAUUUUGUCAAGAAAGUGGAGGUAUAUGUGGACUUCAUCCCCACAUCUUUGUUUUGACAGAGACUUUUUUGAAAGAUUUCCGCAUCAUGAAGAAGACUUUGUACCUGUAGUCUCUAAAAUCAUCACGGAUGUUCUUAUGAUCCAUGAUGGGCCAAUACACAAGUUUUCGAUUGACAUAACUCCGGGCUACGCAUUUUGGAUCUCAAUGGAAAAUCUCAAUACGUGGAUUCCCUUUAUGUCAAAGGACAUUAAACAUCUUGAGCUUUUGACCUUAGGUGCUCCCGAAUAUGAAACUCAAACACCGGAUAUUCUCUUCUCUUGUAAGGAAUUGACUUUCCUCAAAUUUAGUUCAUUUUACUUGUCAAUUCCACCUAAUUUCCACGGCUUUAAAAAAUUGCUUGAGCUUCACUUGUAUCAUAUUGAAUUUGAGUCCAGUGCAAUUGAGAGUCUUAUGUCUGGUUGUCCUUUUCUUGAAAAGCUCAACAUUGAUUGUGAUGGUUGUGAUUAUCUUGUUAUAUCUUCUACUUCUCUCAAAGUCUUAGUGCUACAAUUGUUUGCAACAAAAUCAAUUUGUCUCAAGAAAGCAAAGAAUCUGAUCGAUUUUACACUCAGAGUACAUCCGACUAAAGGUUUCAUCAAAAGUUUGCCAAAAAUUAAGAAGUUUUCUCUGGCCAAUUGGAUAAAGGAAUCAUAUGCAGAUUUAAUUCCUCCCAGGGUGCUAAAAAGAUCAUUCAGCUCUUUGGAGUAUCUGAAAUGGGAUGCCUUAUGUUUGAAUGAUAAAGGAGACUUUUUGUAUUUUGUCACUGUUCUCAAAAGUUGUCCUAGGUUGAUUGAACUUGUUAUUAAUCAGAGAUACAAAGAUGUUGAUGCCACACAAGUGUUGGACCAUUCCAAGGAGUUAAAAUGCCGAAAUUGUUGCCUUAAACUUCAGACAGUGGAUAUCCACCUUAGCGCUUACUCUCAAAAUGGAAUGAGUUUGAUACAAUUCAUACUUGCAAAUUCUCCUUCAUUAGAGACUCUUAAUUUUUGGUGUAUUUAUGCUGAAUUAGAUGCACCUAUGUUGUUAAACAUGUCAAAAGACUUGUUACGGAUGGAACGAGCAUCACCAAAAGCAGAGGUUAAUUUCGUUCAUCAUCCUUACCCCACACCCAUGUUUACUCGAUAAGUUCCAUUUCCUUAUCAUACAACACAUUCCCAAAUACUCUUUAACUUUGGUAUUAUGUGGCCAUUGUUUGUAAUAGUUUGUGAAUCAGGAGAACUUGUUUACCUUCUAUUUGCCUGUUUGUCGGCUGCUAUUACAAUUUUGCAUGAUGAAUUCGCGAUUGUUUAAACGUCUGUUUUCAUGUUUUUUAAUAACUAUUUAGUUAAAUUUUCUUGAAUGGUAUUUUAUUUACAUUUUUCAGGUUGAAAAAAAUUAGGUAGAAAAUUUGUUGUUAAAUCUUCAGUGUCUCUUCUCUCUCACUGAUUUAAUCCCCCAUAACUCUAGAUGGCAUGCUUUAUUUAGGUUGAGUUAAUGGAGAGGCAAACUAGUCCAUUUUGUCUUAUGCUAGUAGUGAUAACACUGGGUGGGAUGCAACAAAACAAUGGUUCAAUGUAUAGGGGUAUUCGAUGUUCAUGAAUUGAACUGAACCAUUUCUAACAACUUAAAAGUUCCAAGAAUAACCAGUUAUGGUUCUAUUGGACAAUAUAAUUCAAAAUGUUGUACAACUUUUGUCUAAAGUCUAAACUACAUAAUAUGGAGUUAUUCAACUCCACCAGCUUAUUAGUCCAAUCUUCAGUGUCUCUUCUCUCUCACUGAUAUAAACACUCCAAAUCGAAUCGAAAUGUAAGUCAAAUAUAAAGAGACAUACUUUGAUAAUUUAAUCCAAGCAAUCAUAAAAAUUGUAAUGACAAAAUGUUUGUUUAUGUUUCUUUGAAUUUCUUGAACCUAAAUUACGUAAAAUGAGUUCUCUGAUCCAUUUGUCACACUUUGCUUGAUGGCUCAAACAAUUAGACAAUUGUGAUAGAGUAAAAUAACUAAACAAUUUCUAAUCAUCAAUUUGAAAAUUAGAAAAUUAUUAAACAUUAGAAAAUUAUUAAACAUUAGAAAAUUAUUAAACAAUUG